CUAAGGCCAGCAAGGGUGUCAACAACUUCAAGAUUCCUGAAUCCAUGGGUAGUAGGCUUCAUUGUCAUCAUAGGGGUGGUGAUCCUGGCGGUGAUCAUAGGUCUACUUGUUUACUUUUUGGCUUUUGAUCAAAAAGCUUACUUUUACCGUAGCAGCUUUCAAAUCCUGAAUGUUAACUAUAGUAAGCAGUUAGAGUCACCAGGUACACAAGAAUGCAGAAAUUUGAGUGAAAAAAUCGAAUCUAUGAUUAAUGAAACAUUCAAAAAAUCAAGUUUAAGAAAUGAGUUCGUCAGAGCUCGUGUUGUCAAACUGAGGCAAGAUGAUAGUGGUGUGAUGGCAGAUGUUGUCAUGAAAUUUCAGUUCACUAGAAACAACAAUAAAGCAUCAAAGAAAAGAAGGAUUGAGUCUGUUUUACACGAAAUGCUGAAUAACUCUGGAAACUUAGAAAUAAAUCCUUCAACUGAGAUAACAUCAAUUACUGACCAGGAUACAGAAAAUAUUUUCACUAAAGAAUGUGGGGCCCGUCCAGACGUAAUAACAUUGUCUGAACAGAGAAUCAUUGGAGGCACUGAGGCUGAUGAGGGAGACUGGCCAUGGCAAGUCAGUCUAGAGGUCAAUAACGUCCAUCGCUGUGGAGGCACCCUGAUCAGUAACUCGUGGAUCCUGACAGCAGCUCACUGCUUCAGAAGCAACUCCUUUGCUUCUCAAUGGACUGCCACCUUUGGUACUUCCACAUCAUCUCCUAUACUGAGAAUAGGAGUAAGGAAUAUUAUAGUCCAUCAAAAUUAUAAACAUGCAACUCAUGAAAAUGAUAUUGCAGCUGUGCAACUUGAAAACAGUGUCACCUUUACCAAAAUUAUCCAUAGGGUAUGCCUCCCAGAUGCUACUCAGAAUAUUGCAUCUGGUUCUACUGCUUAUGUAACAGGUUGGGGAUCUCAAGAAUAUGGUGGUAACACAGUUACAGAUCUACAGCAAGUACAGGUCAGAAUAAUAAGUAAUGAGGCAUGUAAUGCUCAAGAUAGUUACAAUGGAGCCAUCUUGUCUGGAAUGCUGUGUGCUGGAUUACCUGGAGGUGGAGCGGAUGCAUGCCAGGGCGACUCUGGUGGCCCGCUAGUACAAGAGGACUCACGACAGCUUUGGUUCCUUGUGGGGAUAGUAAGCUGGGGAUAUCAAUGUGGCCUGCCAGAUAAACCAGGAGUGUACACCCGAGUGACAGCCUACCGUGACUGGAUUACUGAACAAACUGGGAUCUAG